AACGCCUUGAAUGCGGCUUUCAUUGUUACUGAACAGAACGACAGGCUUCAGGCGCACUUAAAGGAAUCGGGGCUGUUCUAUUAUCAGUUUCUAUUGGGUGCUUGUGUUUGUGGAUACUGGAGUCAUGGAUAACAGCACUCUGUGGUGUCUGUGUCUGCUGCUGGCGCUGCUGCUGCCGCUGGAAGUCCUGAAUCAGGAUCCCCUUAACCUUGCUGAUGCUCUGGGUGGUGACGAUGAUGGUAAACCAUCAACCCCUGCGCUGAAUCCAGCAAUACCAGCAGGGGAACAAGGAGGAGAACUUCAUCGGGAGGAUUUAUCUAAAGUCAGUGGCACCACUUCUACCACCACCACCAAAGCCCCACCCAAGGUUAUGCCUAAGGUCCCCACAGGUGCCAAGGCCCCAGUCAAGCCCAAACCCAAGCCAGGUGAAUUUUCUGACAGUGAUCUGAUUGAUGUUAGUAAAGAUGACACCUACAAACCUGACAAAGGCAAAGGUGGUCUUCCAAGAGGUGACAGUGAUCAGAUUAACCAGUAUGAUGACAACACCGAGACAACAGCAGAGGUGGGCACCAUUGCAGGGAUUGUUAGUGCAGUUGCCAUGGCAUUGGUGGGUGCAAUCAGCAGUUACAUCUCCUAUCAGAAGAAGAAGCUUUGCUUCAGCAUACAACAGAGCCUGAACACUGACAUGGUGAAGGCUGAAAACCCUGAAGCUGUGGUGGCUACAGAUCCACAAGGACUAAUAUUGCAGCAGAAUCAGCAGCUGUGGAACACAUACAGUUUUCUAUUCUGACCUCACCACCAGGGAACUCCGUUCACCAUAAACUCUACUGAACAGUAAUCUCUCAUAGCAGCACGCAGUACAGCAUUUAUGAUGAAUAUGAUGUGCGGGAACAUACAAAACCAGCUGGAAAUCAUCAGUCACAUAAAAAAAGGUGCAUGUUUUUGUGUGAAAUCAGUGAGCUCUACUCUAAUCGAAAGGAUUGUUAGGGAGUCCAGGUACCUCUCUGAAAGACUGUUAGUUACACAUAUUUAAUGUGUGUACCAAAUAUUUAUGUAG